AUGCAGGACAACAUCCACAGCCCUGAAGUGGUAUUGGAGGAGCUAACCACUAUUCAGGUCGCUGUGACCAAGCUUGAAGAGAAGGCUGCAAACUACAACGAUUACCAGGCGCUCUUCUACGUGCCGGUGCAGUUUGAGUUCCAGGAGGUAGACAAGGCCAAGCAGCUCUUUACCGAGAAGUCUCGCCUGUGGAACCUCAUCAGUGACUGGAAGGUCCAGCUGGAUGUUUGGAAGAAGACCGACAUCACCCAGCUGAACGUGGAGGAGAUGAACAAGAAGGUCCUGGAGUAUUCCAAGACUGCAUACCAGCUCACGCGCAGCCUGGAGGGUGACAAAGUGGCCCAGGACAUCCGGUCGGAGAUUGACGAGUGGAAGGGCAACAUGCCUUGCAUCAUGGACCUGGGGAAUCCAGCCUUGAGGGAUCGGCACAGAACGCGCAUCCGACAGGAGAUCGACCUCAAGCAGACUUCCGUCUCCCUCACGACCCUGAUCGGGGCCAAGGUCUUCGACAAGAAGGAGUUCAUAGCUGAGAUCAGUGGCAUUGCCAGUGGGGAGUUUGCCCUGGAGCAGCAGCUCGAGAAGGUCAUCGCCGCUUGGGAAGACAUGCCACUGCCGGUCCAGAACCACCGGAACCAGCGGGACCUUUGGAUCCUUGGUGAUGUGGCCGACAUCAUCACUCAGCUGGAGGACCACUCUGUGCAGAUCCAGACCAUGAUGGGGUCCCGCUUCGUACGGGGCAUCCGCGACCGCGUGGAGACCUGGGAGACCAAGAUCAGGCAUCGGAAGAUAUCGGUUUAG